GAAGAUCUGUUCGCUGAACUAGUGCAAUAAGUUGAAGCGAGACAAGUAUAUGUUUUCUCACUUUAACCUAUUGCACUAGUUCAGCGGUGCAGCGAAAACGAAUACAGUAGAUUUCUAGUGGAAAACAAAUACCCAUCUAGUAGGGAUAAAAAUUUUUAGUUCGCAACACUUGUGCGUUAAGUCUUGCAGUUUCGCGAGAAUAGCCGAGUAGUUCGGGUGUGUUUUGUGCGCGUGCUCACGAGACCUUUAUUCGUCGUUCUGAGUGGAUUGAUGGUUUAGUGCUUCCAAAACCUGACAAUCCUGAACAAACGACGUUGAAAUGUCGGAUUCAGAAGCGGUUAGUGACACGGGAAGUCCCGUAGAAAGAUCCCGGAGUAUCUCCCGUAGCAGGAGCCGUUCUAGCUCACGAUCCAGGAGUCCAUCCAGGUCUCAUUCACGUUCCCGAUCGCCGUCUGGCUCUGAAGACGGAGAUGCUAAGAUAGAUGAGGCAGAGGAAGUCAGAUCGGGUGACGAGGAAGCUGUAGAACCAGAGGAGGAACCUGAGGGAGAAGAUUUGGAUAAUAGCAGUGAAUAUGAUGAAGAAGAAGAUGAGGAAGACGAAGACAGGCCGAAAAAGAAGAAGAAAAAAGAUAGAUUUGGUGGCUUCAUCAUUGAUGAGGCUGAAGUAGAUGACGAAGUGGAAGAUGAUGAUGAAUGGGAGGAAGGUGCCCAAGAAAUUGGUAUCGUAGGAAAUGAGGUGGAUGAAUUAGGACCAACUGCACGUGAGAUUGAAGGACGACGUAGAGGUACAAAUCUCUGGGACUCGCAGAAAGAAGAUGAAAUUGGAGAAUAUUUUCGAAAAAAAUAUGCCGACGAAUCACUUGCCGCCCAUCGCUUUGGUGAUGGUGGUGAAGAGAUGGGCGACGAAAUCACCCAACAAACUCUACUGCCUGGCGUGAAAGAUCCAAACUUGUGGAUGGUGAAAUGUCGUAUAGGAGAAGAAAAAUCUACUGUGCUCCUACUGAUGCGAAAGUUUAUUACAUAUCAAUUUUCGGGAGAACCUCUCCAAAUUAAAUCUAUCGUGGCACCCGAAGGUGUUAAAGGAUACAUUUAUAUAGAGGCUUUCAAACAGGCACACAUAAAAGCCGCUAUUGAGAGCGUCGGAAGUCUAAGGAUGGGUAUAUGGAAACAGCAAAUGGUGCCGAUUAAAGAAAUGACGGAUGUGUUACGAGUUGUCAAAGAACAAACCGGUCUGAAAGCCAAACAGUGGGUUCGUUUGAAACGGGGCAUUUACAAAGACGACAUAGCUCAAGUGGAUUAUGUUGACUUGGCGCAAAAUCAGGUGCAUCUGAAAUUAUUGCCGAGAAUCGACUAUACUCGACCGCGUGGUGCCUUAAGAACAGCGCAAAGCGAAUCUGAAGCUCUGAAACGCAAGAAGAAGAGACGACCACCGGCGAAGCCGUUCGAUCCUGAGGCAAUCCGCGCCAUUGGUGGAGAAGUGACCAGCGACGGAGAUUUCCUUAUAUUCGAAGGAAACAGAUACAGCCGUAAAGGAUUUCUUUAUAAAAAUUUCACCACAAGUGCUAUUAUUGCGGAAGGUGUGAAGCCUACACUCUCCGAAUUAGAGAGAUUCGAAGAAACGCCGGAAGGCGUUGAAAUAGAUUUAAGCGGAACGCCAGGGACCGGGGUUUCCGGGAAGGAAGAUCAAAUCACUCACUCCUUCAGCAACGGAGAUAACGUAGAAGUAUGUGAGGGUGAAUUGAUCAAUCUACAAGGAAAAAUUGUCUCUAUAGAUGGAAAUAUGAUAAUGGUCAUGCCGAAACACGAAGAACUAAAAGAAGCCUUGGAAUUCCAAGCUUCUGAGUUGCGAAAAUACUUCACGAUGGGCGAUCAUGUUAAGGUUGUCGCAGGGAGGUACGAGGGUGACACCGGCUUAAUAGUCAGGGUAGAGCAAAAUAGAGUGGUUUUAUUCUCUGACUUGUCGAUGCACGAGCUGGAGGUUCUCCCUAGGGACCUACAACUGUGCUCGGACAUGGCAACUGGCGUCGACAGUUUAGGUCAGUUCCAAUGGGGUGAUUUGGUGCAACUCGACGCGCAAACGGUCGGCGUUAUCGUUCGUUUGGAACGCGAGAAUUUCCACGUGCUCUCCAUGCAUGGGAAGGUGGUCGAAGCGAGGCCGCAAGGUCUCACGAAGCGUCGAGAAAACAGGAACGCGGUUGCUCUGGACUCGCAACAGAAUACCAUCCAGAAGAAAGAUAUCGUUAAAGUGGUGGACGGGCCACAUGCGGGUCGAGGUGGUGAAAUCAAACACUUGUACAGGAGCUUCGCUUUCUUGCAUUCACGAAUGUUCGUCGACAAUGGUGGCAUUUUCGUAUGUAAGACCAGACAUCUCCAGUUAUCUGGUGGGACCAAAACGAACGCGACAACUAUGUCGGCAGUCGCUGGAUUUAUGUCGCCUAGAAUUGCCUCUCCAAUGCAUCCCAGCGGGGGAGGCUUCGGUAGAGGCGGUGGAGGUGGAAGAGGCAGAGGUCGCGGUGGCGGUGCUAGACGCGACAGGGAAUUAAUCGGGACCACUAUCAAAAUAACAGGCGGGCCUUACAAGGGCAAUGUCGGUAUUGUUAAAGAUGCGACGGAGACCACGGCGCGAGUAGAAUUGCAUUCCACAUGCCAGACAAUUUCCGUGGACCGUUCUCAUAUCGCGAAUGUCGGUGUACCGACGAAGGAUGGUGGAUUCAGCAGUUAUAACAGAACUCCGGCGUACAUAGCCGGUGGACAAACACCGAUGUAUGCCAGAGAUGGAUCCAAGACGCCCAUGCAUGGCUCUCAAACGCCUAUGUACGAAAAUGGCUCUCGUACUCCUCAUUACGGUUCAAUGACGCCGUCUCACGAUGGUUCGCGAACACCGGGCCAAUCAGGAGCCUGGGACCCGGCUGUCACAAAUACACCCGCCAGAACGAACGAUUUCGAUGGUUACAGUAUGGAAGAGGGUGGCUCUCCCGGCUAUGGGCCAGGAUAUCCUCCCACCGGAGGUCCGUUCACUCCGCAGACUCCAGGCACCAUGUACGGCUCGGAACAAAGCUUUAGCUCGUAUCAGCCAAGCCCUAGUCCUGCUGGAAGUGCCACUGCGAGUCCAAGUCCUGCGGGUUAUAUCGCCACUCCGUCCCCAAGUGGAACUGGAUAUACCACGAGCCCACAUGGAGCAUUUGCGACUCCGUCUCCCAUGGGCUAUAGCCCUAUGACACCUGGAAGCCCGUACAAUCCACAAACGCCUGGCGCAGGAUUGGACACAGGUGUUGGUUCUGGUGUCGCAGGCGGCUCCGAAUGGCACACAACGGAUAUUGAAGUACGCAUUCGUGACUCCCAAGAUGAUCCUGCGCUUGCUGGUCAACAAGCAAUUAUUCGCGGAAUUUCGGGCGGCAUGUGCACCAUUUACUUACCUACCGAGGACAGAGUCGUGAAUUUAGGCUGCGAUCAACUGGAACCUGUGGUGCCGUCACGCGGUGAUCGAGUGAAAGUAAUUCUAGGCGAGGACCGGGAAGCUGUCGGCACUUUGCUCUCGAUCGACAAUCAAGAAGGAGUUGUUAAACUCAAUACGGAAGAGAUUAAAUUUUUACAGCUACGAUUUUUGUGUAAAAUGAAAGCUGCUAACACGUAAUUUUCUCAAUUCUUUUUACACGCACGCACGCACACACACGCGCGCGCAUACGUAUGUAUGUAUAUAUGUAUGUAGCCACACAUAUAGCUAUAUUAACUAUGUAUCUAAUACAGUUAUUAUUACUAUUAUUUUAUACAAACAGAAGCGCAUAAGGGAGGAAUAUCGUCUACAAUAUGAUGAUACCGAACAAAAAGGAUAUGUUAUGUUCGUCUCGAAACUUUACAAUGUUUAUUUUCUGAGUGAUUGUAGAUCACAUUGCAAGCAAAAAAUUGCUAAAACUUUCAAUUGUGGUCUAUAUGUCUUUUAAAUAAAGCUCCUGGU